CGCGGGCGGUGCCGGGCGGGCGGAACGGCCCCGGCCCCGGCCCCGGUCCCUUCCGCCGGCCGCGCUUCCGGGCCGUCAGGUGACGGGCGCGGGCGGAGCGGCUGCUCGAGCGGGGCUGCGGGGCCCGCACCGCCGGCUUGAGUGUGAGGCUUCCUUGACCGUGCUGUGGGACUGUAUGGUAUGAAAAAAGCUGCUGGCAGCAACAGCCAGAGAUCCUGAGGUUUUCUUUUGCUGCCCUGCACCUGUUCUGCAGCUCUGCUACAAAGAGGUGACACCAAGGAAAGCCUUUAAUGCCCGUGGGGAUUCCAACAGGAAAAUUUUCUUGACCUUGUGUCUGGGUAGUUCUUGAGGAUGGCAAGCAAAGGACCCACAGCUUCUGCAUCAACCAAGAGCUCCAGCACUGGAGGGACCAGUGGCAGCAGCAGUAACGGUCCCGGGGACAACACUAAUCAGGACAACACUUUUGAAUGUAACAUCUGCUUGGACACUGCCAAGGAUGCAGUGAUCAGCUUGUGUGGGCACCUCUUCUGUUGGCCUUGUUUACAUCAGUGGCUAGAGACCAGGCCAAACAGGCAAGUGUGUCCUGUAUGCAAAGCAGGAAUCAGUCGAGAUAAAGUUAUUCCUCUGUAUGGAAGAGGUAGCACUGGGCAGCAGGACCCCAGAGAGAAAACUCCACCACGACCCCAAGGACAGAGACCUGAACCAGAGAACAGAGGGGGAUUCCAGGGCUUUGGCUUUGGUGAUGGUGGCUUCCAGAUGUCCUUUGGAAUUGGGGCGUUUCCCUUUGGUAUAUUUGCAACAGCCUUCAACAUAAACGACGGGCGACCUCCUCCAGCUGUUCCAGGGACUCCUCAAUAUGUGGAUGAGCAGUUCCUUUCCCGCCUCUUCCUGUUUGUGGCACUGGUGAUAAUGUUCUGGCUGUUGAUUGCAUAAAUCUUUUCCAUUAUUCUAUAUAUUCAUGACCAACAAGGCCACUGAAACAGUUACAAACUGCAUCCCCAUCCCACUUUAAACCUCUUGGUCUGGUUCCGUAGCUAACUAUGGGCUUCAGGAAUUGGUGGUACCACAGCACAAUGAGGAAUCUCGCAUUUUGCACCAGAGUUGCAAAUUAAACAUUGGUUAAAAAGCAUAUUUCAGCUCAGAUAUCUUGUACAACAGGUUCCUGCCACAAACCACGGGCCUAGCGUUGAGCUGUGCUCCCAAGGGAGUGCUGCUCUGAAAUCCUGUGCCAAUCAGUGACACCAGGUCUGUGGGACAGACAGGGACCCCCAGGUAGACUGGGCAGGUCAGGAAACUUCUCCAGUGUGACCAGUGUCUCAUGCUUUGCAACCACGAUGGAUCUGCCAGAGCUGCAGAUGUUAUUUAAUGUCUCCAUCAACAUCCAGCCUUCUCCAGGAAAUCACCUGCAGCACUGCUGACACUCUUUGGGCACAGCACGUGGUGCAAAUGGAACCAGGUCCGGAGACUGGUUCCUUUUCCUGCUGUUAUUUCCCGGCGUGAUGGAAACCCCUUCCUGACGCGGUUCUGACGGCUGCUGGAAGAAGGGAUACAAAUUUAUGCUGCAAUUUUUUAAAGCCUGAACAUGCUGGAGCCAGACACUGGAAGAUUCUCUGGCUGUGGAGCCGGGUGAGGCUGGACACAGCUGCUGCCUCACCCAGCCCAGUUCCUCACUGACCAGCAGUGUUGUCUCCCCUGGCUCUGCACAGCCCCGGGGCUGCACUCGUGGAUAAUCCCCUCACCCCUCACAACCUCCUCACGGUAGCGACAGUUAUCCCCUCCCAAGGCUUUGAGACUUUCUACGCAAGGUCAUGUCCUCCAAAUAAAAUCCUAUUACAGAUCCGAGAUCAGCUCGUUCGGGGAGAGGAACAAAAGGCAUCUUUACGUGAGGUUUGAGGUUAAACCUGUCAUACUGUAAAAUUGCACAGGAGGAAAAAUGAGAUCCUGCCUUUGCCAGCACAUGCACGGUAGGGAACACUUGGAAGACCUUCUGUCUGCAGGUGCACACAGCUUCUCCGAGCCACAGCAGAACGGCCACAGCACAAGAGUCUCUGCAGUAUCUACCAAAGAGUUUAAUUUGAAGUGCUGGAGGAGACCACAACCAUUAAUGUGCUGAGGGGAUAUUUCAGAAGGUGAGCACUCUGUAGCUGUUUUGGAAUCCUGCUGGGUAUUCAGCUUUAAAGAGUACUCCUGAUGUAUUUGUGUAGAUUCCUUCACAACAGCAGAUACAAGAGAUUCCCUAGCAAGAUGAACAGUUUUCAUAUUUCUCUGACUAGGCAAUUCCAUUUUUUUUUCUCUUAUUGUUUUUAGAUUGUUUCGAUUCAGGUCGCUGAUAGUCUCAUUGAUUUCCUGCAAGAUGAAUAUUGUGACUUCUCUGGCAAUAGACAGAAAACUGACAAAACAAA